AGGCACCCGCGGGGACCUUGACAAGGACUUUCUUCCCCAGAAGUAGGCCUCUCCAUUCCCAGAAGUGUAGGCCUUCCCUCCUUGCGGAGCCCCAAGAUACCCCCAGCAGGCCCCUGUAGACAACGUCCCCAGUCAGCACGAAGUAGCCAGAGAGACUCAUCGUCGCCCCCUUUCCUAUCAUCAAAAGGUCGGUAUGGUAGCUUUGGGAUCCACAAGGAAUGAAAGUGAAAUGAAGACCUUUCAUAGCAAACAGAAAUUGAAAGAAUUUGUCACCACUCAUCCAGCCCUGCAAAAGAUGCUUAAAGAUGUGUUAUACACGGAAACACAGAAACACAGCCAUCAAUAUGAAAGAAGAUAAAGGAAGAAAAUCUCUCAGUAAAAAACCACAGGAAGUUCAUAGCAUAUAUUAAAAAUAACUUGGAGGGGCCUAGGCCUCGGGAGUGGAAGUGGAUUGCUGUGGAGGCGGUGGCGCCUGGCUCAGGGGCUUCCCCUCAGCGGCUUAAAGGUGCUUCCUCGCUCCAGUACAGUGGCAGCAGUGCCUCCCAGACCGGAGCAGCUCCGAGACUUGAUACUGGAAGGCUGCCCGGAUCCAAAUUCUUCUGCAAACCCGAGGAUGUGUAUGCAGGUGGCGUAAGUGGUUUAACACCCACCUUCCUGGCACACCUCUACACAGACACAGUCCCUUUCUGAGCACAAUGAGUACUAGAAAGCAUCGUGGUGGGACAGUAAAUUCUAGACAAGCCCAGAAGCGAACUCGGGAAGCAGCUUCUACCCGCAAGAUCUCCUUGGAAGCAGAACCCAUAGAGCUUGUGGAAACUGCUGGAGAUGAGAUCGUGAACCUCACCUGUGAAUCUUUAGAGCCCGUGGUGGUUGACCUGACUCACAAUGACUCCAUGGUGAUCAUUGAUGAAAGGAGGAGGCAAAGGAGGAAUGCACGGAGGCUGCGCCAAAACCAUGCUGACAGCUGCGUGAUGAGCAGUGACGAGGAGGAGCUGUCCAGGGACAGAGACGUGUAUGUGACCACCCACACUUCCAGAAAUGCCAGGGUGGAAGGAGCUGCAGGGUUCAGGCCCUCUGGCACUGUGAGCUGUCCCAUCUGCAUGGACGGAUACUCUGAGAUUGUGCAGAAUGGACGUCUCAUUGUUUCUACAGAAUGUGGCCAUGUCUUCUGUAGCCAGUGCCUCCAUGAUUCCCUUAAGAAUGCUAACACUUGCCCAACUUGUAGGAAAAAGAUCAACCACAAACGCUACCACCCCAUUUAUAUAUGAAGUGCUCAGAGCUGCUCAGGAGAGACGAAUGGACAGAGAGAGAGCCUAGCUGGUUCUCCGUGUGGUAUCUGCCUCCAACUUCCUGAGCUCGGGAGGACUGCUUGAGAACCGACAUGUGAUAUGUAAACUGCUCUUUCGUUUCCAGACCCCUCCUAGAUCCUGUUAUCUCCAGUUUGACGCUCUGGAACUGGGCCCAGGGGCCCUUCUUGGCCACACUCUAUGUCUCUUCUCUGGGGUAGUCUGGUUCCAGAGUAGGAGAAAGGGAGUCAGACCUAUUGGAAUUGAGAGUUGUGGCUAUAGCCUGUUUCUGGGACCUCCACAUUUGCCAAGAAAAUUUCCCUGUUUGGGUAGUGUGCCCAAGAGCUGGGGCACACUGCAUUUCUUUCUGGCAUCUGCCUGUAGGUGGACCAGCCUACCUGCCACACAGUGACAAGCCAGACACAGUCCACCCAGCCCGAGGAUCCCAGGUGCAAGAGCGGUCUCUGAGGCAUGAAAGACCAACCCCUGGACUUCUUUCUUUGCUUGAGAGUUGGAGAUCACCCUGUGAUUCUGCCUGCACCUUAUUCAGAUGUGCAGUGUUUUCUGCAAAUCAGGAGAACCUCUGCAGGGCAAACCCCCUGUUUUCUAAGAACGAAAAAGUGCAAUAAAGCCCGUUCUUUACCUACUUGUCAGCAGCCCAGGAUAUGUAGCACUGUUAGUGUCCUCCCCAGAGGCCUGAUGUCUCCUGAGGAGCAGUGCCCAUCCACCUUAUCUCUGCUCACCAACUGUUCUCAGGAACCUUACCCAUGCUUCAAAGUUUGUCACCUGGCACAGGACUAGGAGGUAAAUAGGGCAGGCACAUGUUUGGGUGCCCUCUCUUCUGGUAAAAUCUGUCCUGUGUUUGCCACCACGUGUCCUCCAGUCCUUGCUUCCAGCUGCCUGUGUCUGCCCAAGUUCAGUAGACCCUGGGAGGUGGUGGCAGUGUUGUGGCCUUAAUCAGCCAGUCGCUCACUUCCAUCCUUCUGUCCAAGGCACUGUCACUCCCUGUUUCAAGGAACGUGGCCCACCUGACUUGGCACUGGCUUGGCUUGCCCAUCAACCCCCACCAGCUGGUGUUUUUAUCAGAAGCUGCUCUUCUGGCCAAACGGGCUUUGGUCCUUGGGCUUCUGACUGCUACACAGGCUUUGGGUGGCAAACCACGGUGACUUAUCCAUCCCGAGGCACCCAGGUAACAACCUCUGCUCCAGUGCACAGGCACGUGGGGACCUCAGGUUCUCUCAGAGGGCAGUAGCGUGGCCUGAGCAGCCCGACAGCACAGGGCGUGGGGGUAGUGGUAGGGGAGAGGCCUGGCAGUGCCAGCCUGCCUCCACCUGUAUACCUCCCCUUCCUCAGAGGGCUUCAAGCCAGACCCACAGCCUUUUCGUGUGAAACGUCUUCAUGAGAGAGGGGCCAUUCUGGCUUUGAUAGCAAUAACCGGCCUUCAGAUCACCGCUCUGAAGGAGCAGGGACUCAGCACAGAACUCACUUUAUGGGGCUGAUGGAGUGUCCCUCCUGUGUGUGAAGAAAAUAGUUUUAUUCUUACUUCUGACUUUUUAACUUUUUGGCUCACUUGGCAGUUAGUGUGAAUGAAAGUAAUAAUUUUCUACUUGGAGUCAAAGAGCAUGGGAUCACAGCACCCGUUAUUUUGACAUGUAGCUCGUUGGCACUCUGGUUGGGUGCCGCUGCCAUUAAGCUCCCUCUGGGCUUCAUGGAAAUGCUUCUUUGUUGUGUUGGAAUGAUAUACUAGGAGUCAAGGUAACCAUACAGCCAGCUGAUGAAUUGAUACAGUGACACCCAUUUCAGAAUUUAAGUUUUAUCCUUACAACUUAAGUGGUUGGUCAUAAAAGUUGUGUUACUUCUUCCUAAAUUCAGUUGGGGGAAAAUGUGUUUCGUUUCUUCCGAAACUGCAAACCAGGAAAAGGCUGGUGUGAGAAAACCCUUUUCUCAUCUUCAUUGUACAUAGUUCUGCUCGCUCUUUGUUGCAUUUAAACUGUAUCCACGAACAUCAGUUUGUCUUGGACUCCUCUGCUAGUGUUAAAGGUGGAAAUAAAACCAUUAAUUUGAAAAAAAAAAAU